AUGGCCGUGGCCCCCGCGCCCCCCGCCGCGAGCGCGAGGUUCCCACCGGUGUCGUCCUACGACGCGUCGGCGCGGGUCCGCCGAACCGCCGCCGCGGACCUGGACGGCACGCUGCUAGCCUCCUCCUCCGCGUUCCCCUACUACUUCCUCGUAGCACUCGAGGCCGGCUCCUGCGUCCGCGCGCUGGCGCUCCUCCUCGUCGCGCCGCUCCUCCUGGCGCUCUACACGCUGGUCUCCGAGGCGGCGGCCAUCGCGGUGCUGGCGUUCGUCACGUUCGCGGGGCUCCGCGUGCGCGACGUCGAGGCCGUCGCCCGGGGCGUCCUGCCGCGGCACUACGCCGCCGGCGUGCGCGCCGACACCUGGGCCGUGUUCCGCGGCUGCGGCGAGGGGCGGAGGGUCGUCGUCACCGCGUCCCCCGCCGUCAUGGUGGGGGACUUCGCCCGCGGGUUCCUCGGCGCCGAGGUCGCCGGGACCGAGCUCGAGACCUUCUGCGCGUUCGGGAACGCCAGGUUCACGGGUAGGAUCAAGGCCGCGCUCGUCGGGGAGAGGAAGGCCGAGGUCGUGCGGAGGCUCUUCGCCGGUGGGGAUUUGCCCGACGUCGGGCUCGGGGACCGCGAGAGCGACCACGACUUCAUGGCCAUCUGCAAGGAAGCUUACAUGGUGCCUCUGGACAAGCGCGCGCCGCUUGCGGCCGCCGACACGCUGCUGUCCCGCGCCGUCUUCCACGACGGCCGCCUCGUCCAGCGCCCGGACCCGGCGCAGGCGCUGUUCGCGCUGGCCUACCUCCCGGUGGGCUUCCUGCUGGCGCUGUUCCGCGUCUUCUUCAACCUCAUGAUCCCCGUACGCCUGGUCCGCCACACGUACCGCCUGACGGGGAUCCGCCUCCGCGUCCGGGGGACGCCGCCGCCGCCCCCGGCGCCGGGUGCGCCGGGUUCCCUCCUGGUGUGCAACCACCGCACGGCGCUGGACCCGAUCAUCCUGUCCGUGGCGCUGGGUCGGCCCGUGUCGUGCGUGACGUACAGCGCAAGCCGCCUCUCGACGGCGAUCUCGCCGAUCCGGGCCGUGGCGCUGUCGCGGGACCGGGCCACCGACGCGGCGCGCAUGGCGGCGCUGCUGGCGGAGGGCGACGUGGUGGUGUGCCCCGAGGGGACCACGUGCCGGGAGCCCUGCCUGCUGCGGUUCUCGGCGCUGUUCGCGGAGCUCACGGACCGGAUCGUGCCCGUGGCGAUGGAGGCGCGGCAGGGGACCUACUACGGGUCGACGGCGAGGGGGUGGAAGUGGCUGGACCCUUACUUCUUCUACAUGAACCCGCGGCCCGGGUACGACGUCACGUUCCUGCCGCCGCUGCGGCCGGAGGAGACGUGCGGCGCCGGCCGGAGGAGCGCCGCCGACGUGGCCAACCACGUGCAGAGGGUCAUCGCCAAGGAGCUCGGGUUUCAGUGCACCACGCUCACCAGGAAGGACAAGUACAUGAAGCUCGCCGGCAACGAUGGCUCGGUCGCCGUCAGGGCUAAAAAAAACGCCGCCGAUGAUAAUGCUGCCACGGCCACCACCAAGAAGGUUGUAUGA